AUGAACGACGAUACAAAUUCCUCAACUGCACCGGCCGCCACCGACCAAUACACAGAAAAAGGUCGAGGCGCAGUCGUCCUUGAUAUAAGCGACAAGUCCACGCCGGCGCAUGAUGGAGACACAAGCGCAGAUGAAGAGCUUCAAGCCGGUGUUCUCGGCGUUGAAGCCAUCGCCACCGUUUGGUCGAAAACCACUCUGAUUGUGGUCUAUGUCUUGAUAUGGAUCGUCUACUUCAUCAUGCUGAUGCAGCAAGGCUCUGGAAACGCGCUGAAUCCUUUCGUCACAUCAGCCUUUCAGCAGCAUUCGCUCACGCCUACCGUGCUAGUCCUGAGCAGCAUAUUUGGAGGUGUCUGUAACCUCACUGUCGCCAAGAUACUCGACGUAUUUGGGCGACCUCAUGGUUACGCCAUGGCUCUUUUCAUCACAACCAUUGGCAUUAUCAUGAUGGCCGCAACUAAUAGCGUGGAGAUGUAUGCUGCUGCUCAAGUCUUCUGGACCGUGGGCAAUAACGCCUUGCUCUACAGCGUCGGCAUCUUUGUCGCAGACACGACCGAACUCCAGAAUCGUGGCCUCAUGACGGCCAUUACUGCUUCGCCUAACAUUAUUACAAUUUGGUUGAGCGGUCCCAUUUCGCAAGCGUUCCUCACAGGACCUGGCUGGCGGUGGUGCUUCGGCCUCUUCUCAAUUAUUGUGCCGGUACUGUGCUUGCCAUUAUUUGGCGUGUUGAUGUUGAAUUACGUCAAGGCAAAAAGACAGGGUCUUAUCAAACCAAAAGCGAAAACGAGAACACCAUGGCAAUCACUGCUGUACUACUUACGCGAGUUUGAUGCUGUCGGUCUCAUCUUAUUGACGGCUGGGCUGGCUCUCUUCCUCUUGCCCUUCAACAUCUAUGCUUUGCAGCCUCUUGGAUGGCAAUCGCCGUUGAUCAUCUGCCUGCUCGUUUUCGGUGUUGUACUUAUGAUUCUCUUUGCCCUGUGGGAGAGAUUUUUCGCACCCAUCACUUUUAUGCCAUACUCGCUUUUACUCGACCGAGACAUGGUAGGCGCUUGUGUACUCGGUGCCGUUCUCUUCUUCAGCUAUACCAGCUGGAGCAGUCUGUUUACUUCCUAUCUUCAGGUCGUCCACAACCUCAGUGUCACCAAUGCUAGUUACGUUUACCAGAUUUAUGGCAUUGGCAGCAGCAUCUUUACCAUUGCUACAGGUUUUGCCAUCCGCUAUACCGGGCGAUACAAAGCCAUCACCCUGUACGGUGGUAUACCCCUUUACACUCUGUUCAUGGGCCUCAUGAUCUACUUCCGGGAGCCGGAUAUGAACAUCGGCUACCUUGUCAUGUGCCAAAUCUUCAUCUCCUUUGCGGCUGGCGUCAUUAUCAUCACUCCGCCUAUUGCAGCCAUGUCUGCUGCCGAUCACCAGCGCAUCGCGGUUGUUGUGGCUGUCUUAUCCAUGUUCUCGAGCAUUGGCGGUGCGAUAGGCUCUACUGUCGCAAGCGCAAUCUGGCAGGCCAUCUUUCCCAUCAAGCUCGCCGAGUUCCUUCCACCCGAGGAACAGGCCAAUCUUCUCACCAUCUACGCGUCACUUGAAGCCCAGCUUAGUUAUCCGGUGGGAAGUCCUGCUCGAAUUGCCAUUCAACGAGCGUACGCUGAAGGCCAAUCCAAGAUGCUUGCGGCUGGCACCGCUGUGUGGGCGAUUGGCUUCGUUGCCGUUGCUUUCUGGAGAAACACUGAUGUUAAGAACUUGAAACAGCUGAAGGGUCAGGUUAUUUGA